ACGUAUGUCCUAUCAAAGACUGUCCUGUAAUGUUUAAGGUAAAACGUGACCUUAAACGACACUUGAGUGGACUAGGAUUACCCCAUUGGAUAUCCAGUCCCGAAAAAUUGAGGCGUUAGACUUUCCGUUUGUAACUGGAAUAGAAUAUCCAGGGUAUGUGAAAACCAGUAAAAGGAUUGAACUUCCUCCUCCAGACAAUGACUGAAUCGUUGAAUGCGCCCGAUCGAGGUCCAUGUCUAGGACCCCCCAGGUGGAACCUACAGCAGAAGCUACAGCACCAGCAUUACAAGUAGGCCCCCCAGAAAGGACCCAUUCAUGCACACCAGUAGUAGCACCAAAGAGAACAUCUACUACUGAGCAGACACCUCCUCAACCUCCCAAGAUACCGAGGCGCGACAGCAAGGCAGAGGAAUCCAAUGACGAAGACGGCAUUGCCAUCGAGGAAGGUGGAUCCUUAGAUAAGCAGCUGGAUGAGUUCAUAUCCACCCUACCCCCAAAAGAAGAGUCAGUGAAAGAGGUGCUGGAUAAUAUGAGGCUCCCACAGGCUGUAUCCCCUCUAAAAAAGAAGUUGAAAAAGAAAGUCCCAGUAGCUGGCACUUCCGCAGAGGAUAACACAGAAGAGGAUGAAGGCCUUACGUUCCAGCAGGAAGAUGUUACCGUGUCUAUGCCCUCUCCCUGGGUAUUGGAAGGACGCAGAACCAAGUAUAUGUUUUUCAAUCCUGAAACAGAAAAACGUACAUGCAUCAUUGUCAACACAAUUGACUGAAUUGACAUUGACUUGUUCUUUUUCUAACU